GCCGGCCAAUGGGAGGCCGGGAGGUGCCCGCGAGGCCUAUAAGUAGCGCACGCCGGCCGGCUGCCGCCUCAGAGCACUCGCGGGGUGCGCGGAACCGCAGCUGAGGGAGGCGCGGGGCUGUGCGGACUAUCUGCUAUGACUCUGGAGGAGAUCCACGGCCAGCAGCCCAUGCCUGCGGGGCACGACUGGAUGCAGGGCGCCGGCACGGCCCUCCACGAGCUGCUGGUGUCGGCGCAGCGCCGCGGCUGCCUCACCGCCGGCGUCUACGAGUCGGCCAAGCUGAUGAAUGUCGACCCCGACAACGUCGCGUUCUGUGUGUUGGCUGCGGACCAGGAGGACGAGGGGGACAUCGCGCUGCAGAUCCACUUCACUCUGAUCCAAGCCUUCUGCUGCGAGAACGACAUCGACAUCGUGCGGGUGAACGACGUGGCUAAGCUGGCGGCCAUCGUGGGGCCCAGCGAGGACUCCGGGGAGCCGCGCGAUCUGCACUGCAUCCUCAUCACGAACCCGAAUGAAGAAGGUUGGAAGGAUCCAGCUCUGGAGAAGCUGAACUUGUUUUGCGAAGAGAGCAGAAAUGUCAAUGACUGGGUGCCAACUAUCACCCUGCCUGAGUGAUGGUCACCUGGUGCACCGGGGAGGCUCAAACCUUUGUUGCAUUCUCAACGUGCUGUGCGUUCACCAAAAUGUGCAACAAGCUGCUGAUUCCAUGGAUUAGCCUGGUCAAGAGACUGGAUUAAAGUGCCUCAGACUGGCAUGCAGUGGGCUCUUACAGAGAAGAAAGAGGAAAACAGCUCAUCUCACCAGUGAGCCUCAGUAGGCUGCAACCGUGGAGAGGCUGACAUACCAUGGAACUGAAAGAAGUAUUGCAAGUUUGGCUAUGUGGAGCUGUUUCAGAAGGGAGAGGGAAAGUUGAGGGAAGUGGGCCAAAACUUUCCAGAAGGACUGGAUAGAGUACUGUAACUAGGAACUGUUGGUGCUGUCUGCAAAACACACCAGAAAAGUAUCAAUAUUUAUGGAGUAUUGGGGAUUGCUUUCUAAGACAAAUGCAGAUAUUCCAAAGCAGUCAGACUUCAACAGGCCUCAUGGGUCACUCUGCAGAUCUGUUUUAAUACUGCAAUAACUUUUAUUGAAAUAUUUGCUGCUAUUGAAGCUUUCAUAAUAAAUUUUUGACAAUUAA